AUGGUGCAUACUGAAUGGUUGCAACGAAAUCGCACCCUCAAGCAAACCAAUAACAUGCACGCGUUCAGCUAUUGCACGCCACUCUGCUGGAAGCUGGUGCUAGUGUCCUUGUGUUGGCUGGUCAGUGCGGAGGAAAAUGGCGGAUGUCCGGCAUGUGUUUGCGGUAAGCCGUCCAACUCACCGUUGCCGAACACGGUGCGUGUGAUCGGUGGCCAAACGUCUGACAUUGACCGAUUUCCUUGGAUGGCGGCACUCUACUAUCGGGAACGGUUCACCUGCGGUGGAAGUUUGAUUAACGAUCGAUAUGUCCUGACGGCGGCUCACUGUGUGGCACGGCUGGAUGCGGCUGAGUUCGAGGUGUACCUAAGGCGUCCGAACAUUGUCAUCCUGAACGCGGACGCCAUCCAUCGCCGGGUGACUCGCAUCGUAUUGAAUUGGUACCAACAAGUCAGAAAUAACAACGAUGUGGCACUGUUACUGUUGAAAGAUCCGAUUCGGGCUGAGGAUGGACUGGUUCCGAUCUGUCUCCCCGUCGAUGCCUCGACCUUUGAAGGAAGGGACGCAAUCGUUACGGGUUGGGGCACGACCGAAAGUGGCGAGUUGUCGGAGCACUUGCAGCAACUGACCGUGCCCAUCCUGACCAACCAGCAGUGCCGAAAGUCGGGUUACUUUCGCUUCCAAAUCACGGCGAAAAUGUUGUGUGCCGGGUAUCUGGAGGGUGGACGCGAUUCCUGCCAGGGCGAUAGUGGUGGCCCACUGCAGCUGACGAAGAGUGAAAGCGGUCAGCAGCAGAUUGUGGGCGUUGUGUCCUGGGGCAACGAGUGCGCCCAACGGAACUAUCCCGGGGUGUACGCGAGAGUUACCCGGUUUGUGAGCUGGAUUCGGAGGCAAAGCCGUGGUGCUUGCUGGUGCACUGGGUGA